UACUGUCACUUAGGGAUCCCGGUUCCACAACUCUGCCUUCUUAAGCCUUUAACUCAUCUAAAGAAAUGUCUUCUGCCCAGGAUAGAGCAGUCCUCCAGGCUAUCUUCAACCCCACAACACCAUUUGGAGACAACGCUGGAUUAAACCAAGAGGAGGAACUGACUGAUGACGACAGCGGUUUCGAGGCGCGGCUGCUGUGUCAGGUCAAAGAGCUGGAGAUCCAGGGUGUGAAGGCCGCCGAGGCCGGGGACCUUAACGUAGCCGUGCGGCGCUUCAGCCAGGCCGUCGAGAUGCUGCCUCAGAGGGCGUCGGCCUACAACAACCGGGCCCAGGCCCGGCGCCUCCAGGGAGACAUCGAAGGAGCCCUGGAGGACCUGGACCGGGCCAUCUCCCAGAGCGGUGGGGUGGGUCGCACGGCAUGUCAGGCCCUGGUUCAGAGAGGCCUGCUGCUGAGGCUGGUGCAGCAGGACGACCGGGCCAGGGACGACUUCCAGAGGGCCGCCGCCCUGGGCAGCGAGUUCGCCCGAAAGCAGGUGGUGGUCCUGAACCCGUACGCCGCCCUGUGCAACCGGAUGCUGACGGAGGUGAUUGGCAAGCUGAGCGACCCGGCGGAGUCAGACACACAGUAGUCAGCCGCAGAAACGGGUCACGUGUGGAUGUGUUAACCACUGCUCUGGAUGACUUAUGAAUAAACAUUUACGCUUCAUCACUGGGGGAACUGUUAAUGGGUCACGUGUGGAUGUGUUAACCACUGCUCUGGAUGACUUAUGAAUAAACAUUUACGCUUCAUCACUGGGGGAACUGUUAAUGGGUCACGUGUGGAUGUGUUAACCACUGCUCUGGAUGACUUAUGAAUAAACAUUUACGCUUCAUCACUGGGGGAACUGUUAAUGGGUCACGUGUGGAUGUGUUAACCACUGCUCUGAAUGACUUAAGAAUAAACAUUUACGCUUCAUUACUGGGGGAACUGUUAAUGAGUCACUGUGUUGAUUUCACCGUCGAGUACCUGACACAAUAAAUCAGUUAGAGACGUAUCUUAUGAAGCUUUCUAUGUGGCAGCGGUUUUCGCAAUGUGCUUAUGCCGUGUGAAGGCUGAAUGUUUGACCACGCACAUGCUGCAUGUGACCUGUGUUAUAACACAUGAUAUGUAUGUCGAGCUGUUGUUGCUGUUGUUGUUGUUGUUGUUGCCAAUUUGGUUGUUGCUUUUGUUGUUGUUGCUGCGGUUGUUGUCGCUGCUGUUGUUGCUAUUGUUGUUGUCUACGACAGGCCCUUGUGUGAAGACGAAGUAAUGGAAACAGCAGGGCAUUGUAAUCCCUUGUGUCGCCAUGUGAUCCACUGAGGUUUUGGAAUCAGUGUUGGGAGACCUCGUGUCUGUCAUCACUCAGACCUGAAUUCAUGUUUGAAGUAUUUUAAAAAGCUUGAGCGUU